UCUAGUGAAAGAAACAGUUGAGCUCCCUCUCUAUUUAUCGGCAGGCGUGCAGCGUUUUCAAAUGCAACCUCCAAGAACGGAAAGAAAAACCAUCUACCACUGUCUCACGCAGAGUACUGCAUCUCGCCAUGGGAGAAGCAGCAUCGAUGGAAGCGUUAAUGAAGGCACUGAAGGGAAUAACCCUGUCAGAUAUUGCCAUCUCCCUGCUCGGCCUCUUCAUUUUUAGUUCUAUCAAGAACAAGAUGACCUCCAGAGGAAUAAUGAUGUGGCCGGUGCUCGGUUGCCUCCCCACCGUCCUUUGUCACAUGCAUGAAGUCUAUGAAUACGUCACCAGCGCCGUCAUUGAAGCAGGAGGAACCUUCCCUUACAGAGGCAUCUGGAUGGGUGGUGCCUUCGGUCUCGUCACAGUCGACCCUGCGAACAUAGAAUACAUGCUCAAGACCAACUUCAAGAACUACCCCAAGGGGAAGUACUACAGGGAGAGGUUCUCCGAGCUGCUUGGCGACGGCAUCUUCAACGCUGACGACGAGGUGUGGAGGGAUCAAAGGAGGGCGGCCAGCGCCGAGAUGCAUUCGGCGAGGUUUGUCGAGUACUCGGCCAAGACCAUCGAGGAACUGACGCACAACAAGCUCAUCAAGCUCGCCGAGAAGUUGAGCAUGGACGGCCGGAGUGUCGACCUCCAGGACGUGUUCCUCCGCUUCACGUUCGAUAAUAUAUGCAUGGCGGCGUUCGGCGUCGACCCCGGAUGCCUCGCCGUCGACCUGCCGGACGUUCCCUUCGCCCGCGCCUUCGAGCAUGCCACCGAGCACUCCUUGUUCAGGUUCACAGUUCCGCCGUUCGUCUGGAAGGCAAUGAGGUACUUUCAGGUGGGCUCAGAGAAGCAGCUCAAGGAAACAGUUAAGGAAGUCCACGAAUUCGCGGAGAAGACGGUGUUGACCCGACGAACGGAGUCGAAGAAACUCGACGGCCUCAGCCACCUCUCCGACCUCCUAUCAGUUCUCAUGGAGGCCCAUAAUCCUCUCUAUUCAGACAAAUUCUUGAAAGAUUUCUGUAUAAGCUUCAUUCUCGCUGGCCGGGACACCAGCUCCGUGGCACUGGCCUGGUUCUUUUGGCUCCUUGACAAAAACCCAACCGUAGAAACCAGAAUUCUUGAUGAGAUACACAGUGUUCUGAAGCAAAGAGAUUCACUCAAUCUUGGCCAGAUGGGUACCAAUUACAACAUAGUCUUCACACCCAAUGAACUGAAGAAGAUGGAGUACUUGCAGGCUGCACUCUCGGAGUCUCUCAGACUCUACCCCUCGGUUCCCUUAGACUUCAAGGAGGCACUGGCGGACGAUGUGUUCCCGGACGGGAACAGAAUAAAGAAAGGCGCGAGGAUUAUGUAUUCCAUAUACUCGAUGGGCAGGAUGGAAUCGAUAUGGGGAAAGGACUGUGGGGAGUUCAAGCCGGAGAGGUGGAUGAAAGAAGGGAAGUUCGUGAGUGAGAGCCAGUUCAAGUACGCUGUGUUCAACGCGGGGCCGAGGCUGUGCUUGGGGAAGAAAUUUGCGUACAACCAGAUGAAGAUGGUCACUGCGUCCCUUCUGUUGAGGUACUCUGUUUGCGUCGAUAGGGACCAUCCGGUGAUGCCCAAAUUGACUACCACCCUUUACAUGAAGAAUGGACUCCGAGUCCGGUUCAAGCCGAGGUCCUCGUUCGCCCAGCUCCUGGCAGCGCCAUAGACAUAAAUUUGAGUUCCAUCACGCCAAGCGUGAUCGUCUAAGUUGUGCGGUCAUGCAUUGCCUUAAUUUCUUGCUGUUGAUUCCCUGUUUUGUUUAUAUAUACAUAUAAUUUCUCACUAUGAAAUAUUUGUAGCUGGUA